GUGACCACUAUGUAAUUCACGAGUUAUUUAAUCGAGUUUUGUCACGUUUAAACGAGGAGGAGGUUUUGUUUUGUUUUCAAACCUUCCCGCUGAUCUGCGCCAUUACGUCCGAGGCUGCCUGAAGGAGCCGGAAACAGCGGUCUCCAUGGAAACCCCGAGGCACAAACUUUCCUUCAGUUGAUGUGAGUUUUGCAGAAACAUGAGUGCAGACAGCGACUACAGCAAAUACGAUUUGGCACGGCUGCAGGCAGAACUUGAGCAGGAGAGGGAAAUGAAAGAAAUGCUUGAGGAGUCGGUGUCUGAUCUGCGGAGCACCAUGUGUGAGCUGCAGGAAAGGUUACACAGUGUUGAUGGGGAAGGAAAUGAGUGGAAGACAAGGUAUGAGACACAGAUUGAGCUGAAUGGACAGUUGAACAGACAGAUGUCACUCAUUCGUGAGAGACUGGAGGACCUACGAGGAAACCCCAUGGAUCGAUUGGCCUCCAUCCGAACUUAUGAUGACAUGCCAGUAGAAACACUGAGACAGCGUCUGAAGCUCCUGACUGAGGAAAAGUCCGACCUCCAGAGUCAGCUGAUGGACUGUCAUAACAGAAACGAACAGGAGGGAAAGGCAUUUCAUAAAACCAAUGACGAGAGGCGAGCAUAUCUUUCAGAAAUUGCUAAGCUAUCCUCCACAUUUGAAGCCCAAAGAAGACAGUACUUCACCCAGCCAGAGAGGGCGCCAGAGAGCAAACAGAGGAGAGGGAGGCAGACCAGCAGGAAGGCAGAGGCUGAUUCCAAGAAAGGAAAAGAAAGAGAAGAAGAUGGAGGAGGAGGAGUACAUGUGAAAGGAGUUGGUGGUGGUGGUGGGGGAGCAACAGCAGAGAGAAGAGAAGAAAAGAAAUCCCAAAGGGGAAGCAGGUUACCUACCCUAAAGUACUACCUGAAACACAAUCCCUAACCCAGACCUAUCGUUAUAGACCUUUAAAAAAAAGAGGUUAAAUGUCCUCUGGGUAUAAUUGUGGUAAAAACUGCCAUAUACUUUUCUUUUCAAUGCCAGAAUGUACUUUGUUCACAUUUCUGAAAGGCAGAUUGUGAGGACACAAUGCAGUUCCUGUGUAAGUUAUCUAUGUGCCACAGUCAUACAGUGUUACUCAUACAGUGAUACCCAUUUCAUAGUAUAAAAUAUUACAUUUAUAAUCAAGUCUGGCAUUAUUAUUUCCUCACAAAUUUCUUUGUUUCAACAAAAAGACUAGCUGUGAGAAGUAGUGUUUCAGAGGGAGGAAUGUUACAGGCUCUGAGUGCAGUGAGGUUGUCUCCUAAUGUGCCAGAAGCCUGCUGAGUCUGACAUUUCUAGUGUCACUGCAAUUUUUUUUUUUUCAAAAACACCUCCUACGACUCGUAUUACGUAAGCAACACCACAUUCGCCACUCUCUCCGAAUGUAGUUCAUCCACAGAGCACGCAGUCACCCCCGUCCCACCCACUGACCGCCUUUACAAAUGUAGGUGUAAGAAAAGUGUAGCCAUAUGAGAUGCAGUAGUGAUGAGAAAAUUGCUAGAAGCUGUUUUCACUUGUGUUUGUCGAGGAGUGUGGAGGUUGGGUUCUGUUCUUGUCAGCGGGACACUGAAUUGGAAAACAUUUCAUA